UAACUUGGUAUGACAGGAGCUUAUAUACAAGACCAUGCGGAAGCUGAGCUGGCUUCCAGUGAAAGAACAGCACCAAGGUAGUAGCUGUGUGAAAGGGCAGGUGUUCCUGUAGCACUGAGAUAGCAGUGAAAAGUAAAAGACACCUGAAGAAUUUUAUACCUGUUGGCACAGGUGGGUUGAAAGGCUACAGGCAGUGAAUGUCUCUCUCUCUCUCUGUGUGUGUAUGUGUGUGUAGAAGCAAUUAACUAGACAAAGGCAGAGAGAGGAACGAAAGUGCCUGCUGGAGAGUUUUACAAAACAUUCAUCCUUGGAGAGUGCUAGUAGCACUGAAGCAUGUUUAGGAAGCCUCCCGGACCGGUAGUCUGUAAUGGCAGCUACCUGCAGGAGCAAUCUAACGGCAAGUUGCCCUCCAAGUGCAACACCAAGGCGGCCGAGGGAGGCAAAGUGGUUUUGAAGAAGAAAGUAACUUUACUGAGAGGGAUUUCUAUUAUAAUUGGCACUAUCAUUGGAGCAGGAAUCUUCAUCUCUCCCAAAGGAAUCCUCCAGAACACAGGCAGCGUGGGAAUGUCCUUGAUUGUCUGGACUUUCUGUGGCAUCAUUUCACUCUUUGGUGCGCUCUGUUAUGCUGAACUGGGCACAAGUAUAAAGAAAUCUGGUGGGCAUUAUACAUACAUUCUGGAAGCCUUUGGCCCUCUACCUGCUUUUGUAAGAGUGUGGGUGGAACUGCUCAUUAUACGCCCUGCUGCCACAGCAGUAAUUUCCCUGGCAUUUGGACGUUACAUGUUGGAACCAUUUUUUAUCCAGUGUGAAAUCCCAGACCUUGCUAUUAAACUGAUUACAGCUAUGGGAAUCACAAUUGUAAUGGUCCUGAAUAGCAUGAGUGUCAGCUGGAGUGCCCGCAUCCAGAUUUUCCUAACCUUUUGCAAGCUCGUAGCAAUUUUGAUAAUUAUAGUCCCUGGAGUUAUGCAGCUAAUUAAAGGAGAAACUCAGCACUUUAAAGAUGCAUUUGUGGGGAAUGCAGCCAGUGUCAAGGGAUUGCCUCUUGCUUUUUAUUCAGGAAUGUAUGCCUACUCAGGCUGGUUUUACCUCAAUUUUGUUACUGAAGAAGUAGAGAACCCAGAAAGAAAUAUACCGCUUGCCAUUUGCACAUCAAUGGUUAUUGUCACAGUUGGCUAUGUGUUAACCAACGUGGCCUAUUUUACAACUAUUAGCCCCGAAGAUCUGCUAGCUUCCCAAGCAGUGGCAGUGACUUUUGCUGAACGUUUACUGGGAAGUUUUUCCUUGGCUGUCCCAAUUUUUGUUGCACUCUCUUGCUUUGGAUCUAUGAAUGGUGGGAUCUUUGCUGUCUCCAGGAUGUUCUACGUCGCAUCCCGUGAGGGUCACCUUCCUGAGAUUCUGUCCAUGAUUCAUGUUCGCAAGCACACUCCUUUACCAGCUGUCAUUGUUUUGCACCCUCUGACAAUGAUCAUGCUCUUCUCCAGUGAUCUCUACAGCCUCUUGAACUUCCUCAGUUUUGCCAGGUGGCUUUUUAUAGGCUUGGCAGUUGCUGGGAUGGUUUACCUCCGAUAUAAGCGCCCUGAGAUGCCUCGUCCUUUCAAGGUGCCGCUCUUUAUUCCUGCUCUGUUUUCUUUCACCUGCCUCUUCAUGGUUGCACUAUCACUUUAUGCUGACCCUGUCAAUACUGGCAUUGGCUUUGCAAUUACACUGACUGGCGUCCCUGCCUACUACCUCUUUAUCAUAUGGGACAAGAAGCCAACGUGGUUUAGACGGCUGUUAGACAAGACAACGUUAGCAUUGCAAAUCAUCUUGGAAGUUGUUCCAUCAGAGGGGAGUGCCACAUCAUGAUCUUCUGCAGCUGAAAGUAGCAAGGAGGCCAAGCAAUCAGCUUCUUCAUCAGUCAAGGAAAUGUGUGUGUGUUCACCUUCCUAGGCAACAUGGAGAAAUAAUGAACUGUGGAGGGAACUGUUUUAUAGUGUCAAUAUUUUUAUGUGUGGUUAUCUGGUACUGUGGACUCAGGCCACAUUCUUGAAAGGAGAAGCUAUGGAACCUUUGUGGAACAAAGUGUAUGUUCUCCUUCUAUGAGAAUAGAGUCAAUGUAAUCUGAAAUUCCCUUUAUCAUACAAGGGAAGGGAUCAGUUUUUAACAUUGAUGAUUUGUACUGUAGUGAUAAAUGAACAUUUGUUUAAAAAUGUUCAAGACAGCUAAAAAAACAAGAGAGAUAAUGUCUGUAUUGUGUGUAUCGGGUCUAAAAAAAGAAAGGAGUAAAAAAUGUGAGUGGAAAAUUACUCCAUCCCUUUUUAAUAUCUGUUUUUGUUUCAUUGAGAACACUACCAAGUUCAAAACUCUGUACACUCUACCUUUUUAGUUCUUGGUGAUUUGGAUGGGCAUCCUGUUCUUCUACACCAGGGGUAGCUAAUGUGAUGCCUUCCAUAUGUUGUUGAACUACAGCUCUCAUAAUCCCUGGCCAUUGACCGUGUUUGCUUUGGUGAGCGGGAAUUGGAGUUCAACCAUGUUGGAAGGGCACCACUUUCCUUACUCCUAUUUUAGAUGAACCUAGCAAUGUAUUUACAGAAAAGCACUCUCUGAAUGAACAGUGCCGAGACAGCCACAGCAGCAUCCUGCAUGAGGUCACUUGGGGAGGGUGCUGUACUGUUUCUCAGCUGCAAAUUAGCACAAACACAUUAUAUUGGAUACACUGGAUUGUGCUGAUUCAGCUGAAUUAUUGGCAACACUUUAUUGAUGACUGGAAAGCCUUUAAGAAGAUGGAGCUUUUUGUCUCCAAUCCUAGCCUCAGUCCUACCAUGCCCUACUUCAUGCCACUAGCCAGCAGCAAAACCUGUGUUGCUUCAAUGCUGCAGCUGUCCUGCCUAAUACUUAAAAGCACAGAAGCUUAUAUGGUUGGUUAGCAUCUUCCCUGUGUUUGUGGAUAAAGCAUCUUAAGAACAAAUGCUUUCAUUAGGCAUAUGGAUUAUUUCCCAGUCCUAACAGUUUCUUUUAAAAAUGACAGCUACCAAAACUUUGGUUAUUUCCAGUCUGGAAAUUUGGGGAUUAUGCCCAGAAGCUUAAGAACCAAGUGAUGGAUGGUGUACACCUCAGACAGCUUUGGAAUUCUGUUUGCUAUGGUCAAAAGCCAAAUGGCCAACUGUUUUUGAAACUCAGCGCAGAAUUAAGGAGUAGCUGGUGACAUGUUGCAUGGUUUUACAUUUCUUCGAACAAGAAGCACACACACAAACCCACCUCUCAUUUUGCACACACAAGUCUUAGUGUUUUCUUGUGUAGCUUUGGUCCCACCCCAUAUCUUGUAGACUUUAGUCCCAAGUUAUCAACUGAAAUCAAAGAAAAUUCUUCCUCCAAACUCAAACAUUUCCUAACUUCCUAUUGCAAAAGUAUUAAUAUGUAAAUACUCAUCUUGAACAUCAUAUGUUGUUUGCCUUUGGUUUGAAGUAGAGGUUAACGUCUCACUAAAACCUCUGUUGCAAAGUAAGUUGCUAUUCUGCAUUGACCAUCUUGCUUACAGUCAUAGGUUUCUGGCAACAGGAGAAAGAAGGAACUAGUUAUUGACACAGCAUAUAUGGAAUCCAAAGUUGUAGUGAUGUAAUGGCGACUGACAUGGAUGGCUUUAAAAGGGGAUUAUACAAAGUCAUGGAAUAUCAGGCUGUCAAUAACUGCUAGUCAAUAUGUCUGUAUAUUGCCUUCAGUAUUGGAGACAAUAUAUUUCUUAAUACCAGUUGCUGUGAAACACAAAUUGAGAGUGCUAUGGUGAUCAUGCACUGCCUGUAGGCUUCCCACUGGCAUCUGGUUAGCCACUGUGCUGAUAUUAAAAACAGUCUUGCUUAUGUUAACAUAAUUCCUAACUUGGACUAUAGUUAAAUAGUUGGCUUGUGUGUAUAUUUAAAGGACACCAUUUCUCAAACUCCUGCUGCUCCUCAAGCCCCUAUAGUUAGGAAAUCAUUCCAGUUUAUUUGUAUCAUAGUAGUUUUUCCUAUUUAAAUAUUAUUUAUUUAGAGUGUCUGUGUUCUGCUCUUACUGGGCAAGGUUUUGCCCAGUAUCCUCUAUAUGUGACGGCCUCAUGGGGGAAAAAACUGUCCCAUGAGCCCUUGCUGAAGAGUGGAGGGAAAAGCUUCCCCUGGAGCUUCCCCUGGAGCUCAGGGACAGUUUGCUUUGAGAGCUUCCCACCCACCCACCCUCGGGUUAGACAGGGGUCAGCAAACAUUUUCAGCAGGGGGCCGGUCCACUGUCCCUCAGACCUUGUGGGGUGCCGGACUAUAUUUUGAAAAAAAAAAUGAACGAAUUCCUCUGCCCCACAAAGAACCCAGAUAUGCAUUUUAAAUAAAAGGACACAUUCUACUCAUGUAAAAACAUGCUGAUUCCCGGACCGUCCGUGGGCCAGAUUUAGAAGGCGAUUGGGCCGCAUCCGGACCCUGGGCCUUAGUUUGGGAACCCCUGGGUAAUGCUGAACUGAUCCUAGUACCCAAUGCCAUGCCAACCCUUGCCCUGUCUGCUGCUGUCAAUAAAGAUUUAGUCUGAUUUUAUCCCAUCACCAUUGUAUUUUGCUGCUCUCAUGGGCCACAUAAUGCUUCUGCCUGGGCAAAAAUUAUACAAGGGAAAUGAAAGGAAGGGAAUAGGAAAUCAAAAUAGAAAAACAGGCACCAAUUUCUAAGCAGUUGUUCCUAUAAUGACCAGCUAGUACAGAAUAUGCUUUCUUCGCCAUUAGUUUUGGAGAAAAUAACCUCCCUCUCCAAUUUAUUCCACAUAUAAGUAAUCUCAAGGGUUAACUUGAAAGCAGUAGUUAUACAAACUGAUGUUACUUAUGCUGACAGUAUUCAGUUGAGUUCUUCUAUUCCAAAGUUUCUUGGUUUUUUGUUUUGUUUUUUGCAUUUGGCAGCAUAGCAUUAAGAAAAACUGUUAUAGACAUCACUUUUUAAUAGGAUUAGUGGCACCCUCACAAGCUCUGUGUCCUUAGAGAAAUUGCCUUCUUCAUUAAUUGUGCAAUUGCACAUUCUGUACAGAGUGAAUAAUUUGUAAAGUAAUAGUGUGACUUUUAGAAAGGCACACAAGAGACCUAUUAUUCUAAUUAAUAAUUCCAUUGCAUGAAUAUUUACAAUCAUAAUAAUAUGGAGCUAUAUUAAUGAGGUACCCUCUGUGUGAUAAAACAAGAGGAGUAGGUUGCAAAGAAAUGUAUAGCUGUACAAAGCCCAGUGAGUAAACAACGUUGCACAUAAAACAAAUCCUCACAUUUGGGGUCCUGGAGAUUGGUAACACACACAUUUCUUACAACCCAGUGCCAUUCAGAUGGCUUACUGCAAUUCCCAUCAGCACCAUCUGGCACAGCCAUGAAGGAUGGAGCUGAUGGGAUUUGGCAGUCCAAAACACCUGGAGGGUUGGCAAAGGCUACCUUACAAUAUGGGAUAUGCCACAGCCAUAACACAGGGUGUGGAAGAGGUGAUCUAAAGGUGAAGCACUGUGGGUGUGAGAAGUUCCUCCACCUACUGCCAGAUUUAACUCCAGUCGCCUCUGCCUGUUUCUUUCAGCUGAGCUUACUAUCAACCUCAAGGGCCUUGCCAGGAGAAAUGUGACUAGUUGGUGGGGUCCAUAGGAUCAUGGAGUUGGAAGAGACCACAAGGACCAUCCAGUCCAACCCCCUGCCAAGCAGGAAGCACCAUCAAAGCAUUCCGGACAUAUGGCUGCCAAGCCUCUGCUUAAAGAUCUCCAAAGGAGGAGACUCCACCACACUCCUUGGCAGCAAAUUGUCGGGGUUGUCGGGAUUAAAGUAGCAGGCAGGGCAAGGAUUUGGCACCCCUCACCCACUUGACAUUCCUCUGCUUUACAUCACUCCCUGCUUUGCAAGCAAGUGGCAGAGCCACAUCUAUUUAAAGCCCAAGUAUGUAUACAGACCUAAUUAAAUGUCUGCAUGCAGCACUACAGCAAGAGGGAUUCAUAACAAUACCUUAGAGCUCAAUCUGCUAGACCUGCUUACAUGAAUAAGUGUGGGAAGGACGAAUGCUGUAAAGUUCUAUCCAUCUCCAUUUACCAUCUGUCUAUUGAUUUGAAGCUGCCUUAUACAGCGGGCAGGUGCUGGUCAGGAGCAAAGCUAGAAAUAUCUGCUAUUACUCCAUUUGUGUUUCACCAACAGUGAGUAAUAGAAUAUACGCUGACUUUGUUUAUACAGGUGUAAUCCAGUGGGAAUUGGUAAGAAUUCAGCAACUGAAUCUUUUUUAUUUACAAAAAGCUGUGCAAAGCAUUGCUGUUAAUAUAAAAAGGCUGAUUAAGAUUACAUAAACCUAAGAAGGAAAUGAUAAACUUUGGCCAGAAUUAUUAAUGACUACAUAUGCAUUCCAUUAUUAAUAGGCAUUUGUAGUGCAAUUCUAGGCACAUGCACUCAAAAGCAAAUCCUACUGAAUUCAACAAGACUUAUUCACUGUCCGAUGGGGAAAGCUGACCAGUUUUGUAAACAAUAGCCAGUUUGAAACUAAUUUUCUUUGAAGAAAUUAUGCUUGAUCUCCAAAGAGAAACUUAAAUAUCUUAAUUAAUCAAGAUCUUGCCUUUUACAUUUAUAUCCAGUGCAUCUGAAGAAACAGACAUAUUGCUGGAAACUCUGUUUUGUUUAAUAUUGAGAAUUGGCUCCUCAAUUUUAAAGAAGUAGUUGGGCAGGGGUCAAGAAUUUCCUUGACAGUCUGUUAAUGUUCUCUAUUAAAUGUUUGCAUGAGUUUCAUCUUUUCAUUUCUGAGUUAAAAAUUAUUACAUCGGGAGUGGGACGUUUAGGUUGUUUUUUAAAAAAAACUAUUUCCCGCUGUCACUGUCUUAGUCAGUGAGAAAUGAUGGAAGGGAGUGGGGAAAGAGAUGAAAUUUUAGCAGGUAAUAAACUAUCUGCUGCCAUUCAUUUAUAUUAUAUAAUGAGAUCCAAAAUACGCUGUAGAUUAUUGGCAACAGCACAUUUUGCUUAGCUUAAUUAUGAUUUCAAAUCAAAACAGUGGAUGCUUAUUGAUUGGUAACUUCUCAGGCAAAGGCAGAUAGGUGAAAAGUACUCAACAUUCUCUUUUCAAUAUACCAAGCAAAGAAAUCUAAAAAGUCUGUAGUGAAAAUAGAACUGCUUAUAAAUGUUGCAAACUGAAAGCAAUGAAAUAUGGUGUUUCUAAAAUGAAGUGCAGUGACUAAAUUUCCCGGUUGGUCCUGUAGCUGGAAAACAUGCUGUAGGGAGAAUGUAAGUUUUGCAGACAUAUUGCUCCUAUUCACAUGUUACUCAUAGCAUUUACAGCUUGAAGCAGGAGUGGUGCUGCUACCCACAAUGUAAGCUUCCUGCAUUAACCAUCCUUUGAUGUCUACACAUCACAUUUGUCAAGAAAAGCAGCUGUUCAUGCACAGAAGCUUCACAUGAACAAAAGACUUAUGCAGCCAUACUCAACACACAGACAAUCUUUGGAGUGAACCACAUUCAGUGUGAAGACACUGGAGGGGUGAAGUAGCCCAGGGAUGCAACAUCAAGGAUGUGCCUGGAAGCAUAUUCUAGUUCUUGCUUCAAAGCAUGAGCUCCCUCUCGAGUAAUAUAUGAAUAGGGCUGGUGCCUAUGAGAAAUAAAGCAAACUAGGAUUAAUCCACUAAUUUAAAAUGGCACUAUAGUACUUCAAGCACUAGAGAUAUUUUCUAACAACAGAGCUUCUAUUCGGAUGACUUGUCCUUGUUUGCACUUUUUCAAUUUCUCCUUUGAAAUCUUGACAAGCCUUGACAACCCCCCAUCCUGUGGGGUUCCUGUUCCUAUUUCCUCAUCAUGCAGAGAAUCUCCAAGCAGAUUAGCCACAUCGCUGGCGUAGCAGUUGGGGAAGAUGCAUGUCGCGAGCAACUGGAAAGUGGAGGCUGAUGCUGUAAGCUAACACCAAUGGGUUAAAUUGUCACAUGAAGGCUGCUUUUGAGUGGUCUCUGCUAAAUAAGAGUAACUUGGAGAUCUUUAAACUGUUGUAGUCUUGAUAUUAAGGACUUUGCAUUACAAGCAGAAACAUGUUGGCCUGCAAUCAUUGUCAAAGAGGAGUGCAUAGCUAAUGUGUGCGAAACAUACAGGGCCUACAAGCAUGAUGCUCUGCUGUUCCUUAAUGUGCUCCUAGAUCUGUUUGCUGUUGAAAAUGGGUAAUAUACACCUGUAGUGUUGGAGAAAUCCAUGUCGGCCCAUUCCCUCCCACCUUUGAAUCUUAAUUUAAAUAGGACCAUGUACAGGCAUCUCUUUUAAAAAGCAAGCAAGACUGGAACCCUCAGGGACAGCUCUCAUGUGGUGUAGGAAACCAGGAACAAAAUGAAUUUCAAUCUAAAGUAAAUAUAUAAUAGUGUAAUGAAAUAGCCAUGGAAUUGUCUUGAACUAUGGGUGGAAUAGCAUCAUUCCCUCAAUCAACCGAUGGAUGAAGCACUCUUUUUGACCCUUGUUAGACCCAUUUCCUGGACAUAUAACUGUAAUAAAUAUGCAAUUAAGUUUUACUGCAUUGCUGUUUGAUGGCUAGCAGUGAUGCCUGCUCAAAACAUUCAGCAGCUAUUCAAAUUCCAACACACCUGACAAAUUGGCUGGAAUAAGAGUUAUGGGAGCAGAAAUUGGUUUUAUUGGGGUGAUUUGUUUGAUUUUUGUAUGAAUUUGGAGAUAGUGCUGAAAGUGAUGCUGUUACUUCUAAUUGUACAGAAGAGAACAACAUGAUAGGCCAAUUCCAGAUUCCUGCACAGAAGCUCUACAUACCUCCAAAAAGUGUGGAGGAUGACAAGGGUAGGUGAGGACCUAUAUAUGUAUCUAAAGCAGUUUCUGGUUGUACACUACUUACAUUAUGUGAAAUAAAUGGAAAUACAUUUAUCUUCUAAUUGUAAAGUUUUUAAUUGAGCUCCUCUUGUACUGUUGAUGUGUUAAAUAUGUAUAUAUGUGUAUACAGUUAAAACAAGGAAUGCAUUUUUGCUAAAAAUAAAAAUGCCUAUUAAAAAGUCUUCAUAUUUUAAAAUUCAGUUGCCACCAGGAACUGUUAUGUGGUAUUUAGGCAUAGUGAAUUACUGUGCACUGUCCCCAUGAGCACAAAUCUCUCUCUCUCCCCCCCCCCCCGGCCUUAGAUAAAUCUUCUGCAGGCCUGUAUUAAGAGCCUUGUCAGGAAGCUGUAUAGAAUCCUAUGUCUAUCUACAAGGAAGCCUAAAUUUGGCAGUGGGUGUUCAAUUGAAAAUCAGGGUUUCAUUUCAUAAGAAAUUUUAAAAAACUGAACAAAUGGGGGCAAUUUAUUUCAUUCAUUUCUUGAACAUAAAUGAAUGCCAGAUUUAUGAAUAAGUGCGCUUUGUCAGUAUUUUGCAGAAGGGAUUCUAAUGCAUAUUGGGAAAUUUAAGUUUUUGCAAUCAAAAUGUUCUGUUUCCCAAGCAUAAUGAAUCCCCUUUUUGCAGUUGGGAAAGUGAUGGGAGGUUGUGGCCAUCACCUGCUCCUCCUCUUUAAGGGUAUUCCCUUAAAGGGAUCCGGGGGUGUGGAUCUUGUCCGAAGCCUGGGCAUGGGCUAGGGCCAUGCCAUGACCCCUGGAGGAGCUCUCAUGCGUCAGCAAGGUUUUACCUACCUGGGCUGGUCAAGUCCCAUGCAGAUUCCUCCGUGGGCCAGAUCACGCGUGCGUGUGAUUUCCGGCGUCUGCGCAUGCACGAUUUCCGGUGCUGCGGAAGCGAGUCCCUGCAUCACACUGGUUUAGCGCAGUGCGUGGGGACUCUCCAAGUGGGCGGCUUGGUUCGGGGGUGGCUUGUGGGCUGGUUAAACUUCCCCCGUGGGCCGCAAGUUGCCGACCCCUGAUAUACAUCAGCAGGGCUCCUCCUACUGGUGGUUGACCCUUACUAGACUACCUGCAUGGCGCAGAAGGAGUCAGAUAUAGUCAGUUCAAUUCCAAUGCCUAAGCCAAUACCACUCACAUUCUGCAACCAAUAAAGUUGUGGCCUUUUUAGCCCAUUAACCUAAAAUACUAGUGUCCAUGUGUUUCAUUAUUCAACAAAUGGGGGAGGGCUCGGGGCCCUGACAUGCAAGAAAAUAAGGAUGAGCACUCAUUGAGGUGUAGCUCCUCACCAAACAAAUAUGACAGGCUAUUCAAUAAAGACUGGUUAUCAUCUAACCUCCCCAUAAACAUUGUGCAAGCAAAUCAGGAUGAAUGGUUAGUAAAUAGGGCAUCUGGAGGAGCCCUGCAUUCUGAAUGUCAUGUAUCCAUUUGUUUCUCAUUCAUACUCAUUCAGCGUUCAGAUGGUGGUUCCAUGAAUGGAGGAGGGAAAGGGGGAGUGACACUACAAACUGUGCAAGCUUCAACUCCAAUAUAUUUUAGCAAAAAUAUCCAACAUUCUGCAAGGACUUCUGGCUGGAACUUUUCCUGUCCCCAUGCACCCUCUAAAUCUGCUCUUAGGGUUUCUCCAACCCUCUGGAGAAGAUGUGGUGAAGGUGCACGGGUGCACAGAGAGAGGAGCAAAGGAAGUUCUGUUGUGCAAAUGGCAAUCCCUGUAUUAAUGGAACUACUUCAUUUGACAACACCCUGACUUGUCCAAUAGAGCCACCAUUUCUUUGUGAGUCUAGCUGUAUGGCUUUCUAAGUUGCCCACAAAACAGGGACCUUCUGUUGGAAAUUUGGCAGGUCUAACCCCUUGCAAGGGUAAUUUCCCGAGAGCAAAAUGUCACCCUCUUUCCUGUUGUCUGUGAGCCCAAGUAGAUGUGAUGUUAAAUGCACAUUUGUAUUCCACAUCCACAGUUUUAAAAAUGCAGAUGACAGCUGCUGGGGAAAGCCAACAAUUAUGGAGAUUGCUGGAGUAGGAGUUUCACACUUUCCUCCACAAUAGGAGUCCUGUUGGAAAUCCUCCAGAGCUGCUCUUUGCCUGGAGAAGGAGGUUAGCAAAAUUUCGCCCAUUCUACAUAUGACGCGGAUAAAUGGGACGCAGAUAAAUGGGAUGCGGGUGGCACUGUGGGUUAAACCACAGAACCUAGGGCUUGCCGAUUUGGCGGUUCAAAUCCCCGCGAUGGGGUGAGCUCCUGUUGCUUGGUCCCAGCUCCUGCCAACCUGGCAGUUCGAAAGCAUGUCAAAGUGCAUGUAGAUAAAUAGGUACCGCUACAGCGGGAAGGUAAACGGCAUUUCCGUGUGCUGCUCUGGUUCACCAAAAGUGGAUUUGUCAUGCUGGCCACAUGACCUGGAAGCUGUACGCCAGCUCCCUCGGCCAAUAACGCGAGAUGAGCGCCGCAACCCCAGAGUCGGUCACGACUAAAGCUAAUGGUCAGGGGUCCCUUUACCUUUACAUAUGAAAUAGGGGAAAUCCUUUCUUUUUCACAGGGAAAUUGUGCUCAGUGCUACUUUUAUCUGGUUCUCAGGACUGUACUGUGUGCAUUCUGGCACCACCUUUUUAGCGAUUAUCACUCUGCCAUGGAAUCAUAAAUUUGUAUAGGCUGCCUAGUCCCCUCCCCUGCUUGAUGCAGAAAAUCCAGAGCUAGAGCAUCACUGAUGGAUGGCUGUCUAAGGAGGGGGAGCUCAUCACCCCUUUAGGUAGUUGGUUCCAUUGUCAAGCUUCUCUUGCCCAUCUCAGUCGCUGAUAGAAAUGUUGAUGUGUUGAACAGAGUCAUGCUCAAAAUAUGUCAUGUGUUUCAUGGGCAGAACUCUACAUGCAUGUAACUGUAUGUGUGGUAGCUCUGUUCAGAUGUUCAACCAAUACAAGUAGUGUGAAGGAUGGACUCUGCUAUGUAUGUGAAUGUAUGUUUUUCUGCCUAUGUAUGUGAAUUGCAUCUGAAUGGGGCUUACAUAUCAUAUCACACACAGUGCUUUCAUGGAGAUGUUUUAAAAUUGUUUUAGCUGUUUUUAAUUGUUUUUAAAGGGUUUCAGUAUGUUUUUAUUUUGUUAUGGAUAUUGUUUUUAAUUAUUGCUUUAUUACUGAUGUGUUUGCUGCCCUGGGCUCCUUUGUAAGGAAGGGAAGGAUAAAAAUUUAAUAAAACAAAAUAGAGGCCCUUUUAAUUAUGAAUGGUCCCCCCCAGCCAUUAUUUCAAUUGGGGAAGGGAGAAGGGGCCUUCAGGACAGCCUGAGAGCCAUUGUCAUAACAGCCUUCCGAUGAUUUCAGAUUCUCUAUCACUGGAUCAAUACCUAUUGAAUGAGAAAGGGCUUAUGGCACAUUGUGGGGGGACAACCCUGGGAAUUAUUAUUACCUUGUACAACCUGCACUAAAUAUGUUAUGUACCUAAGUUGUGUACCUGCCGACUACCUGUUUGGCCUCUUUUAUGAAUGCUAAGCUCACAAAGAUUCAGAAUCAAUAAAAACAAUUUCUGCAGGGAAAGGAGAAAUGUUAUUAGGGAAGCUGAAAUAUGUUUUUGCAUUAAAGUGUCUCUUUUCCUAGAUUAUAUGGAUAUUUUGGAAACAGGACUGCCCACGUUCAAAAAUAAAACAAAAUCCUCCAAUGUACUAUAAAACUUCUUUCUCCAGGAGAGCAGACUAUGUAGAAGAGAGAAAAUGGUUUUCUGGUGAAGGAAAUGUACAACAAACAACAUUGUGUACACUAAUUCUGGGCUGAAGGCUGCUCUCUGCAGGGAAUGAAUAAUGGCAGGGCAGCCAGUGAACAGCACCAUCUAACUUUCACAUGAAAGCUCCAAUAUCAAUGAAUUUGCUCCUAAGCGCCUUCUGUGGUUUCUGAGAUGCCGCGGCUGUAGCCUGAUAUUCUACCCAAUGGUAAAAUUAGUAGAACUUGAGUUCUUGAACUCUUGGGGUGAAACUAGACCUGCAGUACCAUGGAAAAGGUCACAAAGAAGUUAGCAAGCUUCUGAGUUCAUCAAAACUCUUCACCGGAGCAGAUGAUACACAUAAAAAGAAAGGAAAGGAGAGGGGGUAAACUGUUUCUGAGCAAGAUGGAGAAAUGCUUUUCAGGCUGAAAUGCUUUUAAGACAGAAUGGUGGAGGUUUUAUGCAGACCUAGUUGGUUCUGGUCAAUGUUUUCCUACUUCUAAUGGCCCAGCAUCGGCAUGUGAAAUCUUGUAGACCUUCACGCUACUUACUAUCCCAGUUUACUACACAUGCUUAUGCUAAACAGAAACCAUUAACUGUUUCCAAUGACUAAGGAAGUUUACAUUGUUUUCCACAUGUAAAAUUUGCCAUGGAGCAUACUUGCAUUUUCUUAAGUAAGUGAGGUUGAAUUGUAUCUGUGUUUUCACCCAAUGCCAAUAAUAAUGCCCAUUUUGGAUUCCUUUAUGCAAUGGCAUCUCUUGUAUACUGGUCACACCAUCUGUAUGCUCAUAUGAAGUAGGCUUAACAUGUAACUUUUUUUUGCAUGCUUCUUGUCCAUUUUUCACUAUGGAGAAGGGUGUAGAUGAAAGUGCCACACAGAGAUGGAAAAUGUUUCAACCUAAAUGAAUUCAAAAUGCACUUAAUUCUAAAACUGCCCUAAAAACUUUCUCUUGCUAGAUUAUUGAUUUAAAAAGAUAGCUGGCAGAGGCUUUCUGAUUCCUGAGCAAAAUCUUCUCCAGAAAUGGUUAAUUAUGACUGUUAAUUGCAAUUGUUAAGGAGACCAAAAAGGUUACCAUCCUUUAUUAUCCACACAAUUCGUAUAGAUUUGUAUGAUUUCUUAUCUGGGGGCAGAGCUGGCUCAAUUGUGUAACUUGCUGAUCCUGAACACUAAUGCAAAUCUAAUUACCCAGGUUAUAAAAGCAACCAGGAUAGAUUCCGUGUUUGCUUAUUUCACCAGAAUCCAUGCAGUGACGGUUGUGUCCACACCCCACACAAUCUCUUUGGGAACAAGCACUAACACACUGCAGCAAUGGACAAUGCUUUCAAAAUAAAAAAAUGUCAGAGUGGAGACGAUU